CAAGCUCAUCUUUGUAAAAUGUUGCUAAGUUAAUAACACAAGCUGGACCUGAAAGUCAUCAUCACAGUCGUCACUGAGUUACUGUCGUCUAAAAACUUUCGAUCGUAAUCGCUCAUUGUUGGUGCGUUCGUCGGUCGCCAGAGACUCCAACCUCUUUGCUAAAUUCUGCCAGAGCUCUGAGACCUCCAAGUAGACUGGCGCGCCAUUUCUCGUCCCGGAUAAGAGAAAACACACGAUGACACGAGCGCUCGUCGAGUUCGCCGCCGCCGCCGAGACACCGAGCGUUAAAAGCCACACGCAAGUCCUUUCUCGCACGCCAACAAACCCACCACCAAGCCGCAGCCCUCAAGCCCCCGAGCGGUCCACAAUGUGCACCCUGGAACAGCGAGGCCGCGUCUUCGUGCUCACCCUCACAGGCGACGGAGAGCACCGGCUGGGCAUCCCGCUCAUGGCCUCUAUCCGCUCAGCACUCUCCUCCGUCGCUGCCCAAGCCGCCCAGGAUGGCCCUGGGGCGGCCCUGGUGACCGUCGCCGAGGGCCGCUUCUUCUCCAACGGGCUCGACAUCGGGUGGGUGGGCACCUCCCGCGCGCGGCUCGCGGAGCUUAUCAACGCGCUCCGCCCCCUCGCCGCCGACCUCCUGGCGCUGCCCAUGCCAACCGUCGCAGCCGUCACGGGCCACGCCUCCGCGGGAGGGUUCCUCCUCGCGCUCUGCCACGAUUACCGCGUCAUGCGCGCAGAUCGCGGCGUGCUCUACAUGAGCGAGGUCGACCUCGGCUUCCCCCUCCCGCCCUACUUCAUGGCACUGCUCCGCGCCAAGAUCACCGCCACGCAGGCGCUCCGCGACGUCGUGCUACGAGGUGCAAGGAUUAGGGCCCCGCAGGCCAAGGAGAUGGGCAUCGUCGACGUCGUGUGCCCCGGCGCGCCGGAGACGGCCGCGGAGGCACUCAAGCUCGCCGAGCAGCUCGCCGCCAGGAAGUGGGACGACGCGGUGUACUCCUCCAUCAGGAUAUCCAUGUUCCCUGACGCGUGCAUGUCCGUUGGGAUCGUCCAGGAGAGCGAUGAGGAGAAGGCCAGGAACUUUGCUCCCAGGCUGUGACGAGGAGAUGAGAUGUCAGUCUCUCUGUGCUGCCAGCCAGCG